AUGUCCGACACCCAGCUCGCCUGCAUCCUUAAAGCGGGACCUCUCGCCCUCAAGCGCUCGCCCCUCGCUCCAGCGAAGAAGUUUGUCGUUCUGUGCGCCCCGUCCACCGUUGAGGAUCUGCAACUUGUGUUCACCUUGGUCUUUAAGCAGAACCCCCAGAAGGGUUUGGAACCGAAGUCGAUUCAAUGGCUCGGGAAUAUGGCUAGUGCCGCGGUGAAGGGAACACCACUCCUUAUUAUCCUUUCGUCCGAAACGUCCACCAACAACCCCACCUUCAUUCACUUUGCGAACAUCCACGCCAUAUCCGAUGAAAGCCAGCUUCGGUCCGCGUGCAACUUUACCCUGCACGUAGACGGCAAGCCCUCGGAAUACAGGUUUGGUGCUUCCUCCAGCACCGACUACCAGGAAUGGAACGUGGCCAUCAGCAACGCUAUGCAGAUCCUCACCGAGCGGACGAUGGGAGGGGCCGUAGCGGACGCCGAGGACGAGUCACCUUUCCGUGGAAACAUAUACGAAAAGACUCGCAUAUCCGCUGGGGAGGAGCAGACAGGUUUCGCCACCAGCCCUGUCCCGUCGAACGAGUUCCGAUUCUCUGGAUCGCAGGAUGGGUGGAACACGCCGACCACCAUCUCCCCAGCCGAGUCGCCUCUGCAGACCAUCUCCAGGAAGGCUACCGGGAAGAUGGCGGUGUUACCGGACUACAUUGCUCCUCAGGCAACUUCGAGGAAGUAUACGUUGGGGUCGGAUCCGAGCAUUGCGUCGGAAGGGAGGGAUUCGUACUCUACCCGAUCUCCGUCGGUCCGCUCGCCACGCACGUCGGAAAUUUCCCGUCACUCCGAUGUCCCACCGGCUGAAGAGAUUCACGCACCUAAUCUGUGAAUCCGAUGCUCGAAAAAACGACUCUGUGAAUCUCUUCACGGCGUAUACUCCUCAUAGCCCAUUUUCGGUUUCCCAGCUCGAAUGACACAAUCCUCGCUUAGUUUACAGACAUCUUCGUGGUCCCUUCCAGUACAUAGAAUUUCGUUCGUCAGU